GUUUUUUGUUGACUUCCAGUUCUCCUUUGACGAAGUGUUGAUUUAAGACGAGACGAAGUAAACAUUUGAACGGAAGAUAUUAUCUAGGUUAAUGGAGAUAACUGAAGACCCCUGGGACGUGUUUCAAUAAUUAAAGGUUUGAACUCUUCCUAGUCAAGAAGAAGCUAAGCCACUUGGUUGGUUGAGAAUGGCAAACAGCAGGGAUGCCAAUGAGAGCACCCCUCUUUUGGACUCAGAUUCUGGGAGCAGACCCUCACCUCCAUCAAUUUUCCAGGGAAGAAGACUGGCAUGUGCAGCCAUCCUGCUGGCUGAAUCAUUGGAGAGGAUCGCUUUCUAUGGCAUUACAUCCAAUCUUGUGCUUUUUCUCAAUGGUAGUCCGUUUUAUUGGGAGGGCACUCAGGCGAGCCAGGCACCCCUGAUGUUCAUGGGUGUCACUUAUCUGAUUUCACCAUUUGGAGGCUGGUUGGCAGACGCAUAUCUUGGGAAAUUCUGGACAAUUGCCGCUAGUUUGAUCCUUUAUUUUAUUGGCAUGCUGUUUUUCCCUUUCAUUUCAAAUGAAGACACCAGGAUACAACUGUGUGGUGAGGAGGUGGCCUUUCCUGUGCAACCUGCAGAGUGUCUGAGCACAAACAGCACCCCUCCAAGCAAUGUAACCUGCCCCAUUCGCCCUCCAUACUGUGGUCCAGUAGUCUACAGUGGACUUUUUUUAAUUGCAUUAGGUGUGGGUACUGUGAAGUCCAACAUCACUCCUUUUGGGGCAGAUCAGGUCAAAGACAGAGGACCCGAGGCCACGCGCAGAUUCUUCAACUGGUUCUACUGGUGCAUCAACUUGGGAGCCAUCCUGUCUUUGGGAGGUGUGGCCUACAUCCAGCAAAACUUCAGCUUUAGGCUCGGCUACAUCAUUCCCACCGUGUGCCUCGGGGUGUCCUUCCUGGUCUUUCUCCUGGGCCGCACUGUCUUCAUCACCAAGCCUGCUGAUGGCAGCGCCUUCACAGAUAUGUUCAAGAUCCUGGGCUUCGCCUGCUGUUCCCAGAAACCAAAGGAGCCUAACCUGCUCCGUAACAAACCGACACUACUAGACAGCGCCAAAGUGACCUACGGAGGGAAAUUUCCAGAAGAGAAGGUAGAGGAGGUGAAAGCUCUGGUGAAAAUCCUCCCAGUCUUCUUCGCCCUUAUCCCGUACUGGACUGUGUACUUCCAGAUGCAGACAACCUACAUCCUGCAGAGCCUCCAUCUGAGGAUUCCUGAUAGUGCCUCGAACAACACUGCAGCCUCCCACCAGAUGACGUUCCACUUCCCGGCCGCCUGGCUCACCAUGUUCGACGCGGUGCUCAUCCUCAUGCUGAUUCCCCUUAAGGACAAAGUGGUGGACCCCAUCCUGAAACGCCGCGGCCUGCUGCCUUCUUCUCUGAAGAGGAUUGCGGUGGGGAUGUUCUUUGUGAUGUGGUCGGCCGUGGCAGCGGGUAUUUUGGAGACCAAACGUCUGGAGAUCGUCAAAUCAAAUGGUACCAUUGACCAGGUGCUUGGCAACGUUACCUACUACGCGGCAGAUUUACCCAUAUGGUGGCAAGUGCCUCAGUAUGUGCUGAUAGGAAUCAGCGAAAUCUUUGCCAGCAUUGCAGGGCUGGAGUUCGCCUAUUCUGCAGCCCCCAAGUCCAUGCAGAGCGCCAUCAUGGGGCUCUUCUUUUUCUUCUCUGGGAUUGGCUCCUUCGUGGGCUCUGGUUUGUUGGCUAUUGUCUCCCUCAAGGAGAUCGGCUGGAUGUCGUCCCACAAAGACUUUGGUAACAUCAAUGACUGCUCUCUGCACUACUACUUCUUCCUCCUGGCCGGCAUCCAGGGCGUCACCUUGCUGGUCUUCCUCAUCGUCUCGGUCAAGUACGACAAGCAGAGAGGCAGAGCGGGAAGCCAAAGGCAGAGACACACUUCCUCUUGACCUGCACCCGUGUCCCCGUGUCCCCAUGUCCCCCUCACCGUCCCUGCCUUUCCCAGUCAUAUCGCUCAGCGCCCAAAGACCCUGUCAAAUAAGUACUUAGACAUGAUCCUGUAAUAACUAUAUAUAUUUCUUAUUUAUGUUUAUUUUAGCUUUUAAGUGGGGGCUCUUUACCCGUUUUUUAACAACAAUAAUGGUUUUACAUCACCGUAUGGAUGCACGCCGAGUGCAUGGAGCUUAAUGUUACUGCGCCGUGCUCCCCGACUCCUGUGCGUUUACUCUCGUUGCCUUUGUCGGAUCAUUUGCACUUUGCUUGAGGAGUGGUGCCAUAAAGAAAUCCGACAUCCAGAUACUCUCUAAUCCUGAGGAAUACUUGGUUGUUUUUAUAGUUAGGUUUUUACUUUCCGUUUUCUAACAAAGACUUAUUUUUGGACUAACCGUUCUACUGAUCCGAGAGUGUUUCGUGAAGCUGCCUCCCGAAAUGAGUUCUUGACUUACACCCACAGUCUAAAAUUGGGGUAUUUGUGCAUUAAAUGUACUUGAUUACAGUUACCUGUGGAGGUUUUAGAUAUCUAUGCAUGAACAGGAUGUUUGCUUUGAUGCAGUGUGGGGUUUUGUUUGAGGAAAUUCCAAAUAAACUCUGUUUAACUAAUCUAAUAUUCAAAUCUAAUAUCGAGAGAAAAAAAUCUCCCACGUUUGUGUCCAGUGCCUGUGAUUACAUACUGUAAAUCCACAUAAAUCCAGCCCACAAAUCCUCAAACAGCACCACACACACGAAUAACUCCUCAUGUUGAAAAUACUCCAUGACGCCUGUGAAGCUUCACAGCAGGUUUUAAUUUCUGGUCAAGCUGCAAACGGCGUGUCCGCAUGACAAACAGCUAAUUAGAAACUGACCUUAAGCUGAAGAGGCAACCUUGAGUGUAGCUCUUAACACAUCCACUGCAUUAAUGCCUGGAUCGUGAUGAAAAGGAGUGCAGUACAAAUUAGAACUAAAAGGAAAUUAAAAUUUAAAGUACAACCCUUUCAGAUUUUAAAUUUCACAGCAAACGAAGUGACAGUUUCAGUUUUGUUGUCGGGAACUUUCUGCAGUGUUAUCAUGGCUGUGCAGCUUCGCCAGAAAAUGUUUCGUGGUUGUAUUUAUUAGGCUGUGAUGCAUUUGUUUUAGCUUUAUUCUGCUACGUGUGAGACUUUCUUCAGAAUGAGUACAGCACAAGGUACUGAACUUUAUCAAAACAAGAAAACUCAGGGCUUGAGCAAUAGUGUCGAGUGACAUAACUCUCCAGGAAAAGUAAAACUGCCUUUCUGAGCUCAGAACAGUGUUCAUCCUGUGGCGUGAAUAAAGUUUCAUUUGUAAGAGCACAUAAAGAGCAAGAAGCUAUCUCAGUACAGAUGGUACGCCUGUUUUUUUGUGUGUUUAAUCGUUCGGAUAAAUGGAUGUUCCUUGUUUUAUUGCAUAUUUUAUAUACUGUAAAGUUGCUUUGUCAUCUCAGUCUCUCUUUCAAAAAGAUUUAUUCCGUUUGUUUCAGAUUAUGUUCUGUUUUCAUGAUGCUGCAGAAGUGGAAUAUUGUUUUGUGGUUAUAUUUGUGGCC